AUGCUAGGCAAAGCUAACAUAGCCGCACAGCUAGAUCAAGGGUACAAGAUCUCGGUGAAAAAGCACAAUGAAGAAGUGGACAAGAAUAGGCACGUCUUGUCUAAAAUAAUUGAUUGUGUGAAAUUUUGUGGGGGCUUUGACCUGGCUUUGCGUGGCCACGACGAGGCUGACACAUCCGACAACCCCGGCGUUUUUCUGGGUUUAGUUAAUCUACUGGCCUCGUUAGAUAGCGUGUUGGAGGAUCACCUUAAAACGGCUACGGUUUUCAAAGGCACCUCAAAGACGGUGCAAAAUGAACUUUUGGACUGCAUGUUAUCAGUUUGUAAAGACUACAUUCUGGAGGAAGUAAAAAAUGCCAGUUAUUUAGCUAUUCAGGCGGAUGAGACAACUGACAUUUCCACCCACUGCCAGUUAGUGCUUGUGCUACGCUACAUCGACCCGCAUAACAACGUCCAGGAGCGUUUUUUUGAGUUCAUUCCUCUUCAGAAUGCGAAUGCUGACACAGUUGCCACCGCGCUGAUGGAGAGGCUGGGCACUAUCCUCCCCGAUGGACAACAGGGCAAACUAAUCGCCCAAGCCUAUGACGGUGCAGCGGUGAUGAGGGGAGCUAAAGGUGGAGUUCAGCGGAAAACCUUGGUGGAUUUGCUGCAUUUUUUCUCCAGGUCAUUCAAGCGAACUGCGAUCCUGGAUCAAGUGGUGGCACACAGACUUCCUGGCACUUCCACAACAAGAUGGAACUUUCACAGUCGUGCUGUUAACACUGUAUAUGAGCACAAGGAGAACAUCCUGAGGUGUUUCCAGACGAUCAGAGACUCAGGUGACUUUGAUCCCAUAACAGUGAGAGAAGCCGGGGGCUUUGUGCGAAUGAUGGAAGAUGAAGUUUUUUGCUUUUUCCUGACAUUGUUCCACAAGAUCAUGCCACAUGUAGACAUGCUGUUUAGCCAACUGCAGAAGAGGAACAUCGACUCUGUCUACAUCACAGGACUCAUCAAGAGGUUCACCAGCAGCAUACAAACAAUCAGGGACUCCAUUCCUUCUGGUGAAAGCAGUGGAUCUCAGCAGCUGCCCACAAAGAAACGGAGGGGACUUGGACAUGAAGAGCAACAGCUGUUGGCUAGAGAGGUAUGUGAUACCAUACUGAGUCACGCAAAGGAGAGAUUUUCCUUCACCAAACACCUCAUCAGCUCCACCCUCCUGCAAGGAGACCUGUUCCAGCAGCACAGCCGAACAUUCCCUGAAGCAGCGCUGGAAACAACUGUGGAGGCCUACCCUCUACUGGACAAGGCAAAGCUCAAGACGGAACUGUCCCUCGUCUAAGACAAUGACCAGUUCAGGGCUUGCAGUGGUGCAGUUACUCUGCUCCAGUUCUUCCUUGACAAUAAUCUGCAGGAGACAUUCACAGAGACUGUCAGUCUUCUGAAGGUUCUUGUAACCACACCCAUGGCUACGGCUGAGGCAGAGAGGUGCUUUUCCACUCUGAAAAGGAUAAAGACUUUCUUGAGGAACAGCAUGACACAGGAUCGCCUGAAUGCUCUGGCUAUGCUGUCAAUUGAGAAAAAACUCAUUAGGAGCAUUCCUGACUUCAACACCAGAGUCAUUGAGAGGUUUGCCACUCAGAAGGAGAGAAGGGCAAAAUUCCUCUACAAAUAGACACACACACACACACACACAUACACACAAGCUCUCGCAGCAAACACAGAUGGCCGACCCUUAAAAAAAUGCGUUUCAUUAGAGAGACAAUUAAUGUUAAUGCAUAAUUAAUGCAGAAUGUUGUGAAGUUACUUUUGGAUACCUAAGAUGUUUUGUUCAACCACAAAGUCCAGGAACAUGAGUACUGUUUGGAAACCUGUUGCGUUCGACUCAUUUUCCCCAGAGGAACAGUUGUUUCUUGUUUCCUUUUGUCUUUUUUCUGCCUGUUGCACAUUUUGUUAUUCAAAGCAGUAAAAAAGGUGCUAUAGGCCAAUAAGCUGGAUAUCACUUUAUAUGUAGAGAGUAGGUUUCCC